AGCACCUCCAUUGUCUCAUGUGGGUUGUUGUCCUCUGCUAAAUGCAAAGGAAAUUUCGAGAUCCGUUGUUUUUUUCGUCUUUCUUUAUAAUUUUUAGUGUCUUCGUCUUGUAUUGCAUCACAGGAUCACAUCGCAACGAUAAUGUCCAGCCGGUCGCGUAACUCCUUAAACGCCGGGUCCAGUUCGGAGGAAAGUGACAUGGACUUCGAGUCCGAUGUCGAGGACAACCCGGAGGUACCGGCGUACGAGCAUCGAUCCGAGGGCGACAAGUCAUACGUGGAAUCGGAGGCUGCAGAAAGCUAUUCGGAUGACGAUAUUGACGAUGUCGAGGAGGAGGAAGAAAGAAAUAGCAAAAAGCCAAAGAAGAAAGCCAAAAGAAUCGUGAGCGAUUUUAUCCUGCAAGAAGCUGAGGUUGACGAUGACAUCGAUGAAGAGGAAGACUAUGAGGAUGGAUCUGGACUUGGGUUUGUUGAUAACGAAGUGGAUGAAGUUGGCCCAACUGCCAGAGAAAUCGAAGGCAGAAGGAGAGUCACCAAUAUUUGGGAAACAGGAAAAGAAGAAGAGAUUGAGGAAUACCUGAGAAACAAGUACUCCAAGGAAAGUGCUGUUGCACAGCAUUUUAACAAUGAAGAACUGGAUGAUGAAAUCACCCAGAAAACGUUGUUGCCUGAUAUCAAAGAUCCAAAUUUAUGGAUGGUCAAGUGCAAAAUUGGCGAUGAAGCCUCCACUGUUCUUCUUUUGAUGAGAAAAUUUCUCUCUUAUCAGUAUUCUGAUAAUCCACUCGUCAUCAAGUCAGCAAUCGCACCAAAAGGCAUCAAAGGCUACAUUUAUGUCGAAGCUUACAAGCAGAUUCACGUAAAAGCUGCUAUUGAAAAUAUCACUAAUCUGAGAAUGAGUUAUUGGGGACAAAUAAAAAUGGUGCCCAUCAAAGAAAUGACCGACGUUCUCAGAGUGAAUUCUACAACGAACCUCAAGUCGGCACAGUGGGUAAGGAUGAAGAGAGGUCUGUACAAAGGUGAUCUGGCACAAAUUGAUUACGUCGACUUGGCGCAAAACAAAGUACACUUGAAACUGAUACCAAGGAUUGAUUACUUGAAACUGCGAGGCGCAUUGCGACUGACGGCAAAUGAAGAUGACAUCCCGAAACGGAAAAGAAACAAAAGGCCUCCUCAAAAACUCUUUGAUCCAGAGGCUAUAAAGACUAUCGGUGGUGAGGUGGCUAAAAACAGCGAUUACUGGGUGUUUGAGGGAAAUCAUUACUCUCACAAAGGCUUUUUGUACAAGAACUUCAAUACAAAAAGCAUUGUAACCGAUGGCGUCCAGCCAAUAUUGCAAGAGCUAGAAAUUUUCGAGGACAACUUGGAAAACGUAAACCUAGAUACUGGCCUCAGUUCGUCACAACUUAGUGGGCCAGUAGGAAAUUUCAGUGUUGGCGAUAACGUAAUAGUUACGCAAGGCGAACUUUUGCAUUUGCGAGGAAAAAUCUUGUCCCUGGACGACAAAGUAAUAAUGUUACCAGACCAUGAGGAAUUAAAAGACCCCAUUGAAUUUUUGCCUUCGGAAAUAAAAAAAUAUUUCAACAUUGGUGAUCACGUAAAGGUUCUAAAUGGCAAGUACGAAGGCGAUACAGGCCUGAUCGUGCGGAUCAAGAAUGACCACAUAAUCGUGUUCUCCGACGUGUCGAUGCACGAAAUGGAAAUUCUGCGCGAAAGCUUGCAACUCUGUCCGGACGUGUCGACGGGCGUCGACAGUCUUGGCAAGUUCGCAUGGGGCGAUCUAGUACAACUGGAUCCCACGAGCGUAGGCGUGAUCAUUCGAUUGGGACGAGAGAGCUUUCAAGUACUGUCGAUGCACGGCAAGGUCGUGAUGAUCAAAGACACUUCGCUGACGCUGUACCCCGUUAACAGAAACACAACUGCUUUGGACAUGCAUCAGGAUUCGAUCAAAAGGAAGGACAUAGUGAAGGUGGUCGAUGGGCCGCACUGCGGCAGGGACGGGGAAAUCAGGCAUCUGUACAGAGGUUUUGCCUUCAUUUACUCGAAAAUGUACACCGAGACCGGAGGUAUCUUUGUCUGCAAGUCCCGACACUUGCAGUUGGUCGGCGGAACAAAGUCGAAUGGCGUUUUUGAUAUCACUUCAGCUGUAUGCGCUUCUCCCUUGCACAUUGAACCCGACGUAAGUGGACCCAAGAUCAACAAGAAAGGUAUGCGAUUUGGUGGUGGCUACGUUACUCAGCGCAACACAAAGCUCAUCGGCAUGACGAUUCGCAUCUGCGGUGGGCCGUACAAGGGUAGUAUCGGUAUCGUCAAAGACGCCACAUCUACGACCGCCCGAGUCGAGCUGCACUCGCCCUGCCAGACGAUCUCGGUCGAUAUAUCUCACAUUGUUAAUGCCGAUGGGAACAAGGUCCCCGAAGGCAACACCCCUCAAGGGUACAACGCCGUCAACGCCGACUACACACCGAAUCGCAGUAUUGGAGGCCGUACGCCUAUGUACGGACAAGCUAGGGAUGGCUAUAGAAUGCAAGGGCAAGGACCUCAGACGCCCAUGUACGAGACUGGCGCGCGAACUCCGUAUUACGGCUCCGGUACACCGCUGCAGGAUGGCAGCAGAACACCGGGUACGUCAGGUGCUUGGGACCCGAAAGUUUCGAACACGCCCGCGCGAAGUAGCGAGUACGACGACGAUGAUGUUGGCCCCAGCACGAGUUUCAUGGAAAAUGACGCGCCGAGCACUCCGCUCUCGCCUGAUUACUUGGGAAACAAGUCGUCGAGUGGAGUAUUCGAUUCCGAGGGUAGUUUCGAUCUCAACUCGCCCAUCAGUCCAUGCGCGAAGCCCAGUUUUCACAGCAGUCCGAACCUGCACAAUAGCUCGUUCAACAACAGUUCGUACUCGGCUUCGCUUAAUUAUACGCCCUCGUCGCCUACCGAGUCCAAUCAGUCGACCGAUGAACGUCGCGAGUACCUCGACUCACCCGCAUCGCCUCCAAGUCACAAUGUAUUGGCUGAUAAUGCAGAACAGUAUAGUUAUUCACCUAAAUCGCCAACGAGCUCUCACGCAUCUUUUAUUACUGGAGAUAUACCAUCCCCUUAUUAUGGUUCGCCUGCAUCUCCAGACUUGAAAAGUGAAAAAAUCAUACAAGAUGAAAAUCCUAACUUUUACGGAUCCGACAUGCCUGCAUCGCCUUUGCCUGUAGAGCACAAUGAAAAGCCUUGCUUUUAUGGGGCAGACGGUUGAUUGUUACAUAUAUAAAUGUAUGUAGGAGUUGAUGGUGCGCGGGUACGAUGUGGGCGCGCAUAUAAGUACGGGAAGUUGUGUGCUUAACUGAUGACUUUUUUUUCCUAGAGCGUUACUUCGAUCUAGUGAG